GGGGCGAGUGGCCGGCGCCGGCUCCUCCUCGUCGGAGCUUCUCAUUUUCCCGUGACCGGCGGCGGCGACGGCGUUGGCGGCGUUGGCAGCGUUAAUCGGCGGCACCUCUUCCUAAUUCCGGCUUCUCCUAGUGCAGGUAAAAGAAAGUCAAGCCGUGAUGGAUAUCUAUGACCCCCAGACCUUGGGAGUUAUGGUGUUUGGUGGAUUCAUGGUCAUUUCAGCCAUUGGAAUCUUCCUGGUAUCUACCUUCUCCAUGAAGGAGACAUCCUAUGAAGAAGCCCUAGCCAAUCAGCGUAAAGAAAUGGCAAAAACUCACCAUCAGAAAGUGGAAAAGAAAAAGAAGGAAAAAUCUGUAGAGAAGAAGGGUCGGGCGAAGAAAAAGGAAGAAAAACCCAAUGGGAAAAUACCUGAACCAGAAUUGCUUCCCAGUGUAACUGUCAAUUCCAAAGACCUAAUACCUGAGAGAGGUGUGGUGUUGGCUCCUAUGGUAGAAACUAUCAAGCCUUCUAAAUCUCCGGUGGCAUCAGCAGCACCACAACCAAAAGCAUCAGCAGCACCACCACCAAAAGCAUCAGCAGCAGCACCACCAAAAGCAGCAAUGCAAUCAACCAAAGGGGCAACAACAGCAUCACCAUCACCAUCAUCAAAAGGAGCAACAGGAGGAAUAUCUCCACCAACAAAAGGAGGAGCAGCAGUGCAACCAACAAAAGGAGGAACAGUCCAAUCAACCAAAGGAGCAGCAGCAUCACCACCUCUAUCAACAAAAGGAGGAACAGCAGUACAACCAGUAAAAGGUGCAACAUCACCACCACCAUCAACAAAAGGGGCAGCUGGAGGAGCAUCUCCAUCAACUAAAGGAGGAGCCCCAGUGCAACCAACAAAAGGGGGAGCCCCAGCACAGCCAACUAAAGGGGGAGCCCCAGCACAGCCAACUAAAGGGGGAGUCCCAGCGCAAACAACAAAAGGGGGAGCCCCAGCACAAACAACUAAAGGGGGAGCCCCAGCGCAAACAACUAAAGGGGGAGCCCCAGCGCAGCCAACUAAAGGGGGAGCCCCAGCGCAAACAACAAAAGGGGGAGCCCCAGCGCAAACAACAAAAGGGGGGAUCUCAGCACAGCCAACAAAAGGGGGAGCCCCAGUGCAACCAGCAAAAGGUGUAACAGCAUCACCACCACCAUCAACAAAAGGGGCAGCAGGAGGAACACCUCCACCAACUAAAGGAGGAGCCCUAACACAGCCAACUAAAGGAGAGACAGUAGCUCCACAACCAACCAAAGGAGCAAUAGCAGCGCAGUCAAGCAAAGCAGCACCACCACAGACAAAAGGAGCAGUAGCCCCACCACAAACUAAAGGAGCAGCAACUCAAUCAGGAAAAGCUGCAUCUGUGGCAGUGGCAUCAGCAUCCCCAGUAGAGCAAGGGGCAACAGCACCAUUAGGGAAGCGGGCAGCACGGGCAGCUCGAGCAGCAGCAGCAGCAGCAGCAGCAGCAGCAGCAGCAGCAGCAGCAGCAGCAGCAGCAACAACAGGAACACAGACAGUACCCGUGGCUCCAGUAGGGCAGGGGGCAGAACCAGAAGCACCGUUAGGGAAGCGGGCAGCUCGGGCAGCUCGGGCCGCAGCAGCACAGGCAGCAGCACAGGCAGCAGCAGCAGAAGCAGUACCAGUGGCACCAGUAGGGCAAGGGGCAGUAGCAGAAGCACCACUGGGAAAGCGAGCAUCACGGGCAGCUCGGGCAGCAGCAGCUGCAGCACAGGCAGCAGCAGAGGCAGUAACUGUGACACCAGCAUCAACAGUAGGGCAAGAGGUAGCAACAGCAACACCAUUGGGAAAACGGGCAGCUCGGGCAGCUCGGGCAGCAGCAGCAGCAGCAGCAGCAGCAGCAGCAGCAGCAGCACAGGCAGAGGCAGCAGUGCAGAUAGUACCAGUGGCAUCAGCAUCACCAGUAGGGCAGGGGGCAGCAGCACCAGUGGUUUCUGGGGGACGAGCUGCAGCUCGGGCAUCUCGAGCAGCAGCAGCACAGGCUGCAGCAGUAGCUCAGACAGUACCCAUCAUGGCAGCAUCACCAGUAGGGCAGGGAUCAGCCUCAGGGGGUCGAGCAGCAGCACGGGCAGCUCGAGCUGCUUCAGCACAGGCAGCAGCAGUGCAGGCAGUACCAGUGGCAGCAGUGCAGGUAGCACCCGUAGCAGCUGUGGUGGCAAAUGCCUCUGCACCCCUGCAAGGACAGCCUGCUUCAUCUCCUAAGGAAAAGAGGAAGAAGGAAAAGAAGGUGGCAAAAGUGGAACCAGCACCCAGCCCUGUGGUGAGUUCCAUGCAUGUCCUUUCCUCAAAAUCAUCAGUGCUUGAAGCUGCUCCCAAAGAGGUCCCUGUGGUUGCUGUUCCUCCUGUUGGUACAAAGGCCAGUGCCCCUGUUACCAGCCUAACCCAUGGAAACAAGGCCGACAUUAUUGUCAACCAUGAAGAGCCAAAGCAUGAAGCUCCAUCAAAGAGGAAAUCUUCCAAGAAAAAGAGUGAGCCAACUCCAGCAGAUUCUGAUGGCCCUCUCUAUCUCCCCUACAAGACUCUGGUGUCUACCCUUCGAAGUACGGUUUUCAAUGAAGGGGAAGCCCAUUGUCUCAUUGAAAUAUUAUCCGAGAAAGCUGGCGUGGUUCAGGAUACCUGGCAUAAGGCUACUCAAAAAGGUGAUCCAGUAGCAGUUUUGAAGCGACAACUGGAAGAGAAGGAAAAGCUGCUGGCUACUGAACAACAAGAUGCUGCUGCUGCUAAAAAUAGACUGAGGGAACUUACUUAAUAAGGUAAAUCUCAUGAGCUUGCCUCUGAGAAGUCAAAGGCAGCCGCUGGGGAAGCCAACGUGAAAAAACAGCUCUUGGCCAGGGAGCAAGAGAUCGUGGCUGUGCAAGCCCGCAUGAAAGCUAGCUACCGGGACCACGUGAAUGAAGUGCAGCAGCUGCAGGGGAAGAUUCGAAGUCUUCAAGAGCAGUUGGAGAAUGGACCAAAUACUCAGUUGGCUCGUUUACAGCAAGAGAACUCAAUUCUGAGGGAUGCUUUGAAUCAAGCAACCAGUCAGACUGAGAGCAAGCAGAACACAGAACUUGCAAAGCUAAGGCAAGAGUGCAGUAAGCUCACAAAAGAAGUGGCUGAAAAGUCUGAAGCCGUGCAGCAGGAAGAACAACAGAAGAAGAGCCUAGAGAUCAAAGCUGCAACCUUGGAAAAACAGGUCCAGCAGCUACAGGUUUCUCAAAAAGAAAAAGAAGACUCCCUCCAGAAGAGACUGGAUGAAGUGAGCGGAGAGCUUCGUAAAUCACAAUCCAGCAACAAAAACCUUUUGGCUGACUUGGAGAAAGCAAAAGGAGAUAGGCAGAAUAUUGCUGAACUGCGUACCAAAUUACAGUCCUCAGAAACAGAGGUGAAAAGCAAGUCUGAAGAGUUGAAUAAACUCAAAGGAAAACUGUCGGAGUCCAGUUCAGAAAAUGUACAGCUAACAGAAAGAAUUAAAUCCAUCGAGGCCCUCCUGGAAGCUGGCCAGGUCAAAGAAGCCAAAGAUGCCCAGGCUAGCCAAGCAGAAGUGGACCAGUUACAAGCAAGGCUUAAAGAUCGAGAGGCCCGGGUAACAUCUUUGGAAAAGGAAGCUACAGAGCUAAAGGAGGCUGUCGAGCAGCAGAAACUAAAAAAUAAUGACCUCAGAGAGAAAAACUGGAGAGCAAUGGAAGCUUUGGCAUCUGCUGAGAAAGGAUGUGAGGAGAAACUGAGUUCUUUAACCAAAGCAAAGGAAGAAGCAGAGAAGCAAUUCAGUAUCACUCAGACAAAAACAAAAGAAACUCUCCUCUCCCUCUUCCCAGAUAUUUCAAUAGCCACACAACAGAGUUAUGAUGGGUGGUUAGAAGAAUUCAAAGAGAAGAGGAUGGAAGCUGUAAAACAAAAAGCACCUGCAGGAGUAUCUUUGGACUUAGCCUCCAAGUUAAAAGAAGCUGAGGAAGCCCAAAGCACUUUACAGUCGGAAUGUGAUCAGUACCGAAACAUACUUGCAGAAACGGAAGGCAUGUUGAAAGAUCUUCAGAAGAGUGUGGAGGAGGAAGAGCAGGUAUGGAAAGCCAAACUCACAGUAUCAGAAGAAGAACUACAAAAGUCACAAAUCAAAGUGAAACAUCUUGAAGAAACCAUGGAGAAGUUAAAAGGAGACCUACAGAAUGUAGAUCAGGUCAAAGAAUAUGCAGCUCUCUUGGAGGCACGACUAGAAGAGCACAUGUUGACGUCUAGUGCAGAAUGUCAGAAAUACACAAAAGAAGUUGAGUCGCUGAGGGACCUUUUAACGGAAGCCCGAGAGCAGAUGGAUGCAGCCAACAGUGAAGCACAGAAACAGAGCAAGGAACUCGCCCUGGUGAGGCAGCAGUUGAGUGAGAUGGAGAACCAUGUACAGGAUGGUGAAGUUGUUGGGUCGCAGGCUGACCUAACUGAGCAGGAACCUCUGGAGCUGAAAACACAGCUGGAGCGGACAGAAACCAUCCUGGAGAAAGAACAGAUCCAGCGACAGAAGCUCACCACAGAGUUCGAGGAGGCCCAGAAUUCAGUGUUUAACUUACAAGCAGAGUUGGAGAAGCUUCGAGCAUCUAUCGGCGUGGAGUCUUCAGAAACGGAGGAGGCUGUUCAUUUGAAGGAAAGGCUGGAAAAAGAAAAGAUGAUGACGACGAGUUUGGGGCAAGCUGCUACCAAGCUCCAGGGGCUUCUGAAGGCGGCCCAGGAGCAGCUAACCAAGGAGAGGGACACGGUCAAGAAGCUGCAGGACAAGCUUGAGAAAACGGAGGAUGCUGGCAGUACGAAGGAAGGGACCUCCGUGUGAAGCACCUCCGGAAUGAAGCGUUCCUUAUUCAACUUUACCAAAAUGCCUUACACAUUCCUUAAAAGCAAACCAACCAGAAAAAGUACACCUGUUCCACCUCCUGUAGCUGUGAGACAGAAGCCAUUAGGGAACCAGAGCCUUUUAGAUUCACAAGCAACAUACCACAGGCACCACCUUUGUCUUGGAACCCUUGUAACGCUUUCUGCAGCGGCGUCUGCCGGGGCAAGCAGGGCUGGCCGCAAGCGGACUCCAAAGUCUCAUUAACUCUUCUGGAUGAACAGAACCCACGAACAUGUGCGGGGCGGGAGGAAGUCUGUGUGUGUCUGUCAAUCAGUGCAAUGGGGGUGGGGGCUGUUCCUGCAGAGGUGUGGAGACUGGAGGGGAGGCGUGGGCUGAGCGGUCGCCAGCAAGACCCGGCAGUGAAUUUCUGGGUGUUACUGCUAUUAAAACCAAUGUUGUAGCCA